AACAGUCUUCAGCUUCUCAUCAGCUAAUUUUCUUUGAAGAAUACCCAAUGGCAAGUGUUGAGGUUAAAUCGGCUGCAAAUACCUUGCCAGAGAACUUGGAACGCACCUCAGAAGCAUCAAAAGAAGCAGAGCCAGUUGUUGCUGCACCACUUACGGUGGAGCCAGUGGUGGAAGAGGUCAAAGAAGAAACCACCAUAGAUGGUCCUCCCCCAGCAGAAGAGCCACCCACCACCGAAGUCGCAGUUGAAGCUGACACCAUAGUGGUGGAGGAGACAAAAAGCGAGGUAGAAGAACCAAAGGCAGAGACGGCUCAAGAAAAAGUGAAGGCAGCUGAGGAAGAAACUUUGGCAACAACAGAGGCAGUCCCGGAAGAACCUCAAGUUACAAAGAAGGCCGGCUCAAAAGACAAUCCGGCGACUGAGGAAGUAAAAGAAUCAGUGAAGGAAGAGGAAGAACCAGCUGAGAUUGCUGCUAGCACUGAAGUUACAACAGAAAAAUAAAGAGAGAUUGAUAGAGUGCUCAUAUUUGGAUGUUAUAUUUAUAUUACUUUCUAUAUUUAACAUGGUCAAAAUUUGAUUUCUAUGUCUUGUAUCCUGAAAAACUAGGUGGUAACUGGAAAGGAAUGACUGGGAUUAAAAAAAAAAAGACGCGCCACUUUGGGUUUUGAGAAGUUAAAA